GGCUGCAACUAGGAAAAAAGAAGGGAGAGAGAUUACAAACCAAAAAACAACUUGGCGACCAUAAAGGCAACUCGGACCGCUGGCAGUUGCUUUAGAGUUCGGAACAACAAACAAGAAAGAGGGCAGAAAGAAAGUUUCACCAAACAAAAGUAGUUCUUGAGCGGAUGAGGUAGGCUCUCCGUGUAACUUCAAACACUUUUGGUGAGCAGACGGAUCCCGGUCCCGACGUCUUUUAGACCAGUGGAUCCUUUAUCUAGACAGGAGGAUUUCGUGCUAGUCUCCGCUUGUGGAAACUCCCCCCCCCCCCCCCCCAAAGAAAGAAACACGUUUGGAAAGUUUGAAGGGACGCGUGCAGUUUGUGGUUUUAAUGGACUGAUCGGACACGAUAAAGACAUGUAAACAGGUACCCAGCAAAUCAGAAUAGAUGCACAGAACUUAGAACUUAGCAACAAGCCAUUUGGUCCAUGUCAACAUCUAUCCUACAAGGGAGCAAGUACUGUUUUAAUAUAUUUGCCUGCCCUGUUCCCACAUUUCUUCCACGUCUUUGCUUCAUCGACCUAUGCAAUCUAAUCUUGAAUUUUAAAGAAGUUGUGAUCUCAAAUACGAAGAGAAUUCUUCAGAUUCGCGGAAGUCUGAAAUAUUUAAAUGUCACCAGGAAAGGGGUAGCUGUUUUCACCCUCAGCAGGACAGGAGCUGUGAGACAACAGGCAAACAGUUUGAAGGAUUCCAUUCUGGGAGAGGCAGUUUUGGAGGCUAGUGAGCCAUGCCUUUCAGGCUGAAAUUGAGGAGGACCAGACGGUACAAUGUUCUGAGCAAGAACUGCUUUGUGACACGCAUACAGCUGCUGGAUAGCAGUGUCAUUGAAUGCACGUUCUCCAUGGAGAGUACUGGACAGGAAUGCUUGGAGGCAGUGUCUCAACGGUUGGAGUUGCGUGAGACUCAUUAUUUUGGACUGUGGUUCCUCAGUAAGACUCAACAGGGUCGAUGGGUGGAGCUAGAAAAAGCCCUGAAAAAACAACUAGACAAAUUUGCCAAUGAGCCUCUCCUCUUCUUUGGAGUGAUGUUCUACGUGCCCAGUGUCUCGAGACUUCAGCAAGAAGUCACAAGGUAUCAGUAUUACCUGCAAGUAAAGAAAGAUGUGCUUGAUGGACGGCUUCCUUGUACAUUAGAGCAAGGCAUUCGGCUAGCUGGUUUAGCUGUGCAAGCUGAUUUUGGAGAUUAUGGACAGUAUGAAUCCCAGGAUUUCCUCCAGGAAUAUGUUUUGUUCCCAAUGGACUGGGCUCAGGAUCAACGGGUUCUGGAAGAAAUGACGUGCAAGGUAGCACUGCAGCACCAGGCCUACAGUGGAAUGCCAGCUGCAGAAGCUGAGUUGCUUUAUAUAAAGGAAGUGGAACAGCUUGAAGGCUUUGGGCAAGAAAGUUUCCCUGCUAAGGAUAACCUUGGAAACGACACUGUUAUUGGUAUUUCUUUUAUGGGAAUAUUCGUAAAGCACAGGAAUAGCCGGCCAACUAUAACUUACAGAUGGAAUGAAAUUGGAAAUAUUACACACAACAGAUCUUCAAUUAAUGUGGAGCUAACGAACAAAGAAGAAACAGUUCCAUUUUACACUGAUGAUAUGGAAAUGGCUAAAUACAUCUCACGGUUGUUCACAGCAAGACACAAAUUUUAUAAACAGAAUAAAAUCUGCACAGAUUCUGGUUCUAACAUUCAAUAUGAUGAUAAGAAGAAAUUUCCCACUCUCUCUACCUACAUACAAACACAGUCAUGUUCUCCGACACCAAUCAGGAGACGACCCACAUGGAGCAGAUCAUCUUUGCCAAGGCAACAGCCAUUUAUAAUGUCACCAAUGCAUGUACAGUACGGAGAGCAUUAUACUGAAACAAACACCUCACAAGAUAGCAUUUACCAUGGCAAUGAGGAAAGAUUCUACUGCAGAUCUCAGUCUAGUUUGGACAGAUGUCCAGUGGAAUAUAAUUACAUGAAUGGAACUGUGCCAAAUGGCAGUGUAUAUAGUGCUUCUAGCAUGAACUCAUUGAAUCAUUCACAAAACUUCAUCCAGGCAUCACCAGUGUCUUCUAAUCUCAGCAUUCCUGGAAGUGACAUCAUGCGUGCAGAUUACAUCCCCAGCCACAGGCACAGUGCUAUCAUUGUCCCCUCAUAUAGGCCUACGCCUGACUACGAGACUGUAAUGAGGCAAAUGAAACGAGGCAUCAUUCAUAUGGAUUGUCAAAGUCAGUCAUUGAGAAACCUUAAUAUUGGAAAUACUCAUGCAUACAAUCAGCCAGAACCUAUGGUUUACAGUCAACCGGAGAUUAGGGAGCGAUCGCAAUAUCCCUCUCGAUAUGGGUCAAAGCACAGUUACAGUAAACCUGUAGCCACUUCUGCUCAACAAAAUGCCAGCCAUCCAGCAUCUACCCGGACAGCAAAUAGUGCAAUCUCACACACAGUAAGCACACCAGAGCUUGCCAAUAUGCAAUUACAAGGUACUCAGAAUUACAGUACUACCCACAUGUUGAGAAACCAUUUUUGUAGACCACCCCCUCCAUAUCCACGUCCUCGGCCUGCCACUAGUACACCAGACCUUGCCAGUCACCGCCAUAAGUACGUUAGUGGCAGUAGCCCUGAUUUAGUCAGUCGGCGGGUCCAGCUCUUUGUGAAAACAUUUCAAGAGGACAGUUCACCUGUCGUACACCAGUCCUUGCAGGAGGUCAGUGAACCCCUCACAACAGCCAAACAUCAUGCAGCUGUUAACAAACGUCACAGCCUAGAGGUAAUCAGUAGUAUGGUACGAGGUAUGGAGGCCAUGGCACUGAAAACUUUAAGUGCUUCAGUCCCUCAACGUAGGAACACCAUGCGUGACCAACGCCGUCAAGACGACCAGGUUCAAGAGGUUCAACAGCAACCUUCAUAUCAUCACAAGAAGACACUGUCGGAUGCCACAAUGCUAAUUCACAGCAGUGAAAGUGAAGAUGAAGAGGAGACCCCUGACUAUGAUGUCCAAAUACCAACAUUUAAUCACAAUAUAGACUAUCGAGCCCAGCUGCAGGCAGCAUUGGCAAAAAUACCAAACAAACCCCCUCCUGAAUACCCAGGCAACAAAAAAAGUAUAAGCAAUGGUGCCUUAAGACAGGAACAAGCUAAAAUGUCAGAGUUUGCUAUCAGGAACAAACUGCCAGGUCCUGAACUGGAUACAUUCUCACGAAAUGAACAGAUGACACUUAAUGGGUCUUCACUUGGGCCAUCCAUUUCUGAGCCUGAUCUCACCAGUGUGAAAGAGCGUGUCAAAAAGGAGCCAGUCAAAGAAAGGCCUGUAUCGGAACUGUUUUCUACUGAAGACAGCAUUGUGGAAAGGGAAAUCAUGUUGAGGAAUUUAGAAAAGCAGAAACUAGCAGCAGCAGCAGAAGCCCAAAAGAUAGGGCCACUGAAGUGGGCGGCCCUCAAUGGACUAUCAAUGGCCAGGGUUCCAGUGCUCGAGGACAGCCAAGAUGACACUUCAAAGGUCCCAAUGGAUGAAAGGUGUAGAAUGCUGGAAAAAAAGCUGGAAGAGGAUAUGGUGUUUACAGAAUAUGAACAGAUCCCAAAGAAGAUGGUAGAUGGUGUUUUCACCACAGCAACUCUUCCAGAAAAUGCAGAACGGAAUCGUUUCAGGGAUGUUGUUCCAUAUGAGGAGAACAGGGUGGAACUUGUGCCAACCAAAGAAAACAAUACUGGCUAUGUCAAUGCCUCCCACAUCAAGGUUACAGUUGCUGGAGAAGACUGGCAUUAUAUUGCCACACAGGGACCCCUGCCACAUACAUGCCAUGACUUCUGGCAAAUGGUUUGGGAGCAAGGAGUGAAUGUUAUUGUCAUGGUUACAGCAGAAGAAGAGGGAGGAAAACCAAAGACUCAUCGAUACUGGCCCAAACUGGGUUCAAAGCACAGCUCAGCAACUUAUGGGAAGUUUAAGGUGACAACCAAAUUCCGCACAGAUUCUGGUUGCUAUGCAACAACAGGUUUAAAGGUCAAGCACCUUUUAUCUGGACAGGAGAGAACUGUGUGGCACUUGCAAUACACAGACUGGCCAGACCAUGGCUGUCCAGAAGAUGUACAGGGUUUUUUAUCUUAUCUCGAAGAAAUUCAGUCUGUCCGUCGACACACCAACAGCAUGCUGGAUUCUACCAAGAGCUGCAACCCACCAAUAGUUGUGCAUUGCAGUGCAGGAGCUGGACGAACAGGAGUGGUGAUUCUAACAGAAGUUAUGGUUGGUUGUCUGGAGCAUAAUGAGAAGCUGGAAGUGCCAGCAAUGCUGGGAUUUCUCCGACAACAGAGAAUGUUAAUGGUUCAGACAAUAGCUCAGUACAAGUUUGUCUACCAGGUGCUCAUUCAGUUCCUGAAGAACUCUCGGUUGAUUUAGGUGUGAAUUCACAAACGCUGUAUUUAAACAACCUUAACAAUUAGCAGUGGAAAUGGAGCUAGCUUUCUUUCCCACAAAAAGUGCAACUCAGUCCAUCAAGUUUUUGUCAAGUGAUACCUUGAAUUUUGGAACUGUGCCCUUUAUGUUGUGAGUUUUGUUGAUUUUAAAGCUGCUGUUGAAUCCUUCCAUACAAUUCUAAAAUACUGACCAUAAUAGCAAAGAACAGGACAUUCUGUGUGCACACUUAACAUGAGUGAAUGGUGGCAUUCUUUUGCAAUUGCUGUGCUUCUGAUUGCACAGUGAUGGUCCAGAAUGAUGUUUUCCAAUUAAACAAAUGGAGCACUGUCCACCUUGUAGACUUGUAAAGAAGACGUACGUUCAAGAGCUAAACGUAUGUUGGAAAUGCUGCUGUAUUAACUUGAGCAAUAUUCCUUUAACAUUGCCUUACUCUCAUCAUUAAAAGACCUAAAAAUAUCAGAGGGACUGAUCCAUUUCAUAGCAACUUGAGGAUGACCCAAUGAUUUUAUAAACCUUUAAUAAAGAUUAUAAAUUUUGUAAAAUUGA